CCUUGCCUACCGGUAUGCAAGAGCCUCCUUAAACCGGAGUGCCGAGGUAGGAGAGACUUUCGGGUUCAAUGCGUUUAAUAAAUCUUAAUUUCAACGGCGCCAACGUCCUUCAACCAACAUCGUCAAGUUGCGUAACAAUUCAUUGCUGCUGUUUCUUUCUUCUUUUCUCUUUGUUGCAUCUGAAGCGUUUCGUGCUUUGUCUUAUUGAAGUUCGAAUCGAGAUCAUCUGGUGCUAGCUGAGCUGUCUUUGCAGCAAUUUGUCGAAAUCGACCCCCUUUUAUCGAUAGUAGAGCGAUCAGAGCGAUCACUACUUUGCUCAAUUACAAUCCGACUUACAUAGCAUCCAAACCAUCGUCCCCGUUUCUUCAUACAUAUGUGAAAUCAGCAUAAUAAGAGGGGUUAUACUCGCUCGAACGAAAUAAAAGAAAACGAACCAACACCGAGAUCAUGAGCGCCACCGAACUCGCGACCGCGGACCUGCCGUCCGGCGAACCGAUCCCGUCGUCGGGGCCGCCGGCGCCGGCGCCCUCGCCCAAGCCGUUGCCCCCCUUGCGCGACCUGUUCGCGGCGGCGCCGUCGAACGCCGACGCGUUCCUCGCGCACCUGCAGCGCUGCCUGCAGACGCCGUCGGGCAUCGACACGACGCUGCUCCUCGUCUGCUACGCCUCGCGGCUGUCGGCCUCGGUGCUCGAGGCCCUCACCCGCCCCGCCAUCCGCCGCUCCGCCGACCGGCUCCUCGCCAUCGCCGCCAGCCUUCCCCCCUCCGCGACCCUCGUGUUUACUGCUAAGGCGCUGCCCGGCGGCGGCGUCGCCGCGAUCUUGGGGGUGGCGAAGAGGUUGAGGGCGCUGAGCGCGCUGCUUAGCGAUGCUAGGACGUUUUUGAGGCUUUGGGGGCUGCUGAAUAUGUAUUUCUGGGCGCGCAGGUUGGUGCUGGGUAGCAGGAAGGAAGAGGAGGGGAAGGAUAAGGAGGAUAAGGUCGAGCGCGCCAUCUCCUGGGUCCAGAUGUCGACGUGCGUGGUGUUCCAGGCGCUGGAGAACGGGGCGUACCUUUCGUCGAAGGGGGUGCUGGGGUGGAGCGCUUCGGCGCAGCGGAGGGCGGGCCUGUGGAGCGCGCGGUUCUGGGCCGCGUUCGUCGGCGUCGAGGUCGGGAGGCUGUUCUACGAGAGCCACCGGCGCGGGCGCCGCUCGCGCGAGGAGAAGUUCGCCGGAGGCAAGUCGGCCGCCCAGGUCCAGCGCGACGAGAUCGAGUGGGCCGACGCCUGGAAGAAGAGCGUUGCGAGGAACCUCGCCUGGGCCCCGCUUACCGUCCACUGGAGCGUCGAGCAGGGCAUGCUCGGCGAGAUGGCGGUCGGCGCGCUCGCGACUAUUCCUGGAGUUAUUCAGAUGAGGGAUCUGUGGAGGAGGACGGCGGAGUAAAGGGGUGGUGGUAUGGGAAGGAAUUUGGGAUGGGGGAGGGAGGAGGAAAGGGGGCUGGUUAUGUGAUGGGAAUGGGUGGCUGGCCGGGUUAUUCGAAUUAGUCCGGUGUUGAUGUAUGUUUUAUGGGGGGAUGCCAUUGCCGGGUUCUUAAUGCUCGAAGUCUCGAUGAGAUUAUCUGGCUUCGUGGGAUAUUGUAGUGGUACGUACAUACUUACCCAGAUAUGGAAAAUGGUGGGAAACCUUGCGCAUACCAGGGUUUGGUGAGUGUGAGCUUCUGUCUCGAUGUCGAGUAUUGAAGGGUUCAUGACGUGUACAGAACUAGCAUGGCAAGGGAAGAUGAUUAGCAUCUUUCUAACCGUUUCCUCACAUAGUUAAUGUAUCUCCUAUUCCCAUUUUAA